AUGAGAGUGAAGACCGAAAUGGACGACGACGAAAAGGGAAAGUUGUUUGUUGGUGGUUUGUCCUGGGAGACAUCACAAGAAAACCUGCAACGCUACUUUGGUCGAUAUGGCGAAGUAAUUGAUUGCGUUGUUAUGAAAAACAGUGAAUCUGGUCGUAGCCGUGGAUUUGGAUUUGUAACAUUUAGUGAUCCAGGAAAUGUUCCAGUGGUCCUUCAGAAUGGACCACAUCAGCUUGAUGGACGCACGAUUGACCCAAAACCUUGUAAUCCACGUACUCAACAGAAGCCAAAACGUAGUGGAGGCUAUCCAAAAGUUUUCCUUGGUGGCUUACCGAGUAAUGUGACGGAGACCGAUUUGAGGUCCUUCUUUACCCGCUUUGGCAAAGUUAUGGAAGUUGUCAUAAUGUAUGACCAAGAGAAGAAGAAAUCAAGGGGAUUUGGCUUUCUCAGCUUCGAGGAUGAAGAUGCUGUGGACCGAUGCGUAGGCGAGCAUUUCGUCAACUUGAAUGGAAAACAGGUUGAAAUCAAACGUGCGGAACCACGAGACUCUUCUAGCAAAAUGAACGAUAAUCAUCAAGCUCAAUGGGGACCACCGCAACAAGGUGGCCCUCCGAUGGGAAUGGCUGGGAAUAUGGGACCUAUGGGUGGUCCAAAUGGACAAAUGGGUGGACCUAUGAUGGGUGGACCCAUGGGUCCACCGGGAAAUAUGAUGCAGCAGUAUCAAGGCUGGGGUACCAGUCCUCAGACUGGCGGAUACGCUACUGGUUACACUACUCAAUACAACUCUCAAGGCUGGGGUGCACCUCCUGGCCCACCUCAACAGCAACAAAUUCCACCACCGCCACAUCCUCAAUGGGGUAGCAGUUACAAUGUCCAGCCUGCAGCAGCUAGUCAAGGUUACGGAAGUUAUGGUGACAUGUAUUCACGACAGUCCACCGGCUCAGGUGCACCUGGAUCCAGUAGCAGUUCAGCUAAAACUCCGGAUUACGCGUACUCAUAUGGUAAUUACGCUGACACCAGUUAUCCUCAGCGUUCGUAUCAGGGAGGAGAAAGCAACCAAGGCACCGAAUACGGACCCUCCUCGAGACUAGAGAGCGUUCCUGCUGCUCCAGGAACCAACGACAGCUACAGUGGCGGUGGACCCCAAAGGGGUUACACAGGAUCCUCGUCGAGCUCCAACAAUUACCAUCCCUAUCGUCGCUAGAAAUGGGAUUGAGAACAGAAACGAAUCGAGUCCUCGCCGUUCGAAUCACGCGAGGUUUCGCUUCUUCCUUAUUCUUCUUUAAAUCAUCGAGAUCGGUUUUCACGCUACUUUGCGCGACACACACA